UACUUACACCCACCGGAAACCAUGUCUGCAGCACCAGCAGAAAUGAAAUUGAACGAAUCCAAAUUUAUUUAUGUGAUCACUCUAAAAUUCUCGCACAAAUGUAUAUUUGGUGCAAUGAGAAUCGCCCGAUAUACCUGCUAAACCUCUCGCCGUUAUUGGAUUCCGUUCAGCGAUUUAGUGAAGUAGGUAGCCAAGUGUGAGUGUGUUAGAAACAUCGUUGAGGUUUGUAUGAGAGGAGGCAGCGGUGCAGACCCGUUCGUUUCCCAUGGUCUUUUUUAAAACCUUCGUCGCCGGGCGAGAAAAUACAUAUCUAACUAGCAAGCUAAACAUGGAUCAGUAUCACGAGUAUUCUUAAGAAAUUAGCCAGUAUUAUUUGUCUACUCAUGUCAGUAACUACAGUAGUUAACGGUUUCAGUAUGCCCGAUCGAUGGUUUCGUUGAAGCUUGACAGUGCCUGAUUGCAGGCCUGCUUUUUUUCUAUCUGGAAAUUUCUUGACUGGGGAAAGCCGCCCAUACGGGAUUUCAUGACUUCCUAGCAUUAGCCUUUUUCGCUGCAUCCCCGACUCAAAUGAUGCGUGUUGUGUCGUUGCAUUGAUUUUGGAUGAUCAUAUCAUCUACUUUUAGCAUAGCAUUUUAUUUUUAUCCAAACGGUACAUUUUUAUGGGAUUAUCGGUAAAUUCGAAGCAAAUAUGGUGAAUUGGAAGCGGCUGCUGCGGGUGUCGAACCGCUCAUUUUUGGCCUUCAUUUUUUUCUUCUCCAUGUCUACGACUGGUCUCUACUUCAUAUAUGUGGCUCCUGGAAUAGCCAACACCUACUUCUUCAUGGUGCAGGCCCAGGGCAUCAUGUUGAGGGAUAAUGUGAGGACCAUUGGUCAGAUGAUCAGACUCUACACCAAUAAGAACAGUACUCUCAACGGCACAGAUUACCCAGAUGGCAGUAACUCCAGUGAAUACAUGUCCCAGCCAACCGCAUACCUCCCUGAGAACUUCACAUACGCCCAGAACCUCCCCUGCCCAGAACGCUUACCUUCUAUGAAGGGUCCUAUGGACGUCAACAUGACUCAGAUCCCUAUGGAGGAGAUUGAUCUGAAGUUCUCGAAGUAUCUGGAUGUUCACUUUGGAGGACACUGGAGACCCAAGGACUGUAAACCACGCUGGAAGGUGGCCAUCCUGAUCCCGUUCCGUAACCGCUACGAGCACCUUCCCAUCCUGUUCCAGCACCUCACCCCCAUGCUGCAGAGACAGAGGCUGCAGUUUGCUUAUUACGUCAUCGAGCAGUCUGGUACCCAGCCGUUCAACAGAGCAAUGUUGUUUAAUGUGGGUUUCCUGGAAGCCAUGAAGGAUCUGGACUGGGACUGUCUGGUGUUCCACGAUGUCGACCACAUCCCAGAGAACGACCGUAACUACUACGGCUGUGGUCAGAUGCCACGCCACUUCGCAGCCAAACUGGACAAGUACAUGUACCUACUACCAUAUAGUGAGUUCUUUGGGGGCGUGAGUGGACUCACAGUGGAACAGUUCCGCAAGAUUAAUGGCUUUCCCAAUGCGUUCUGGGGCUGGGGAGGAGAGGACGACGACCUCUGGAACAGAGUACAUUAUGCUGGUCUGAACAUCACAAGGCCGGAGGGAGAAAUGGGUAAAUACAAGUCCAUCCCACACCACCACCGGGGAGAGGUGCAGUUCCUGGGCAGGUACAAGCUUCUGAGGUACUCCAAAGAAAGGCAGCACCUGGAUGGCCUGAACAACCUUAACUACACCCCUGAGAUCUCCCUGAGCUCCCUGUAUAAGAACAUCACCGUGGACCUGCACCCUGAUCUGGCACCCAUCGCAGACUACUGAACUCUGACUCCCACCUGACCCCUUAAACCCUUCACACUCCCUCAAGCAUCAAACAAUACCCCAAAGCUGGGCAAAGAGGGGCUGGGGGUGGGAGUCGGAGGCACACCAUGUAACGCUGCCAAGAAACUUUACUCAAAAAAAAAAAAAACAUGAAAGAGGAAGGGGCAUAUAGGGUCUGUUUUAAUCGAACAAUUGAUUGUGUAUGUUUCUGUGAUUGUGUGUGUGCUUGCAAGGAUGUGUGUCUGACAUUUUGUGUUUGUGUGUCACUGCAUGUCAGUGUGUUCAUGCCGGCUUUAGCUACUGAGCUACUUCACAAUACAGUAUGAGGAGGGAAGGACAGCAUUAGUUUUUUCCCCCACAUCUGAUGUUUACUGCAACGCCUUAGUGUCAGGCUCAGCCUCAGAACCACGGCUCUCUGGCUGCCUCCCAAAUGGUACCCUCCCAAAUGGUACCCUAUUCCCUAUAGGGCUGGAAUUGCCAAGGACCCCACAAUAUGAUAUUGUCACGAUACUUAGGUGCCGAUAUGUAUUGCUAUUCGGUACUGCAAUUUUUUUUCGUUUAUUUUUUAUUGGAUUUUUUUUUUUUAUUGCCAUUUGAUAUUCAAAAUAUAUUGCUCACUAUAUACUGAGUGUACAAAACAUUAGGACCACCUUCCUAAUAUUGAGUUGCACCCCCUUUUUGUCAUCAGAAAAGCCUCAAUUCGUUGGGGGCAUGGACUCUUACAAGGUGUCUCAAGCUGUCCACAGCGAUGUCACCCCAUGUUGACUCAAUGCUGCCCACAGUUGUCAAGUUGGCUGGAUAUUUUUUAGGUGGUGGACCAUUCUUGAUACACAUGGGUAACUGUUGAGAGUGGAAAAACCUGGCAGAGUUGCAGUGACAUACUCAAACCGGUGCGCCUGGCACCUACUACCAUACCCCGUUCAAAGGCACUUAAAUCUUUUGUCUUGCCCAUUCACCCUCUGAAUGGCCCGCACAAUACAUGUCUCAGUUGUCUUAAGAUCUAAAAUAUCCUUCUUUAAUGUCUCCUCCCUUCACCAACACUGAUUUUGAAGUGGAUUUAACAAGUGAAAUCAAUAAGGGAUCGUAGCUUUCACCUGGUCAUUCUGUCAUGGAAUGUGCAGGUGUUCCUAAUGAUUUGUACACUCAGUCUACGUCUGCUGCAGAGAGACGAGAGGGCGUGAGAAGACGAGUUUUGAUCGGUCAGGGAAAUGAAAGUGCUAAAAACCUUUUGGAUCCCUAUUUAAAAAGAUGGAGAACAAGCUAUGGAAUUUUUCAUCCAAUAGGUUUGGCACAGGUACAGCCGACUAGCGCUAGCUACAGUUACGAGAGGGAAAAAGUUAUAUAUUUUUGUUAUUUUACAAAUCGAUUCGUAGAAUCAGGUAUUGAUAUCGUAAAAAAAAUAAUACUGCUAUAUGUAACUCGAUUUAAAGCCUUAGGGCUCUGGUCAAAAGUAGGGCACUAUAUAGGGAAUAGGGUGCCAUUUGGGACUCUGACCUUAUCUCUCAGCAUAGCUUUAACUUCUAACGUCUCAGUAUCACCUUACGAGCCAACAGACAUUUUUGUCUUCAUGUUAUAUAAUUUUUUUUUACACCGUCAUUUUUUAAAGAUGAAACAUGUAUUCAAACAUAUUCCUUAAAGAGGAGGAAAUAGGAGAGGAGCUAAGCGAGGGGCGACUUGUGUUUAUUGUGAUGUACAUUUUCUGAUAUGAUCUAUUUUCUUAGUAUUUAUUUGUUCCCUUUUUUAACGGAUGUUUUAGAUCACUCGAUCCUACUUCUCUGUGUUUCACAUGAUGAGCGUUUUGCUGUUUCUUUGCUGCACUGCCGACACGCAUGAUGCACAGAACACGUGUAAAUACUGGCCACUUAAAAGCUUGAGCACAGAACACGUGUAAAUACUGGCCACUUAAAAGCUUGAGCACAGAACACGUAUGUACAUAUUUGGCCUUUUUAAACGCUCAUAGCCUGUUAAAUUAUUCCAGUGGAUUUGAAUUUUGUUUUGGCAGCUACCUUCUUCCUGAGGACUUAAAGGACUUAACAGAGUGAGUGGUUCUUCCAUUUCACUGGGAAGAUGUAACAAUAGAUGGACAUUUGGCUAUAAAAUGAAAAAAUCUCUUAGGUUGACUAUCUUUUGCAUGCCUUGAUUUAUUUUGUUACUAGAUGUUUUUUUUAAGCAUAAUUUAUUUGAUAAUUUCAAGAUGUUAACUUUUUCAGUUUUGCCUUUUUUUAGUGUUUUUUUUUUUUCGAGGCGCACAGUGUGAAAAUAGAUUAAGGGACGUUAUGGAGUGUGUUCCUGUACAGAGACAGAUGGAGGCCAGGGUUCAAAGGACUGUCGUAGCUCUGGUCCAGGGUGUUAUGUGUAGUUUUCUGAUGCUGAGCCUUCAACAGCAAGCCACACUUAACGCCCUGGACCAGAGCUAAGGACUGUUGCUGCUAAAUGGUAAGCUGAGAUGUCAUUCUAUCUUCCUCUGGUGUGGGUAGUUUGCUAUUAUGGAGGAGGAGUGUAUGCAGUGUGAAUAGCGUGUUUGGCACAGGAUUAUGUUUCAGACGUGUCUGUGGCUCAUGUGCGUCUCGUGUGUUAGGUAAGUGGACCAUGCGCAUGAGCUUGUGGUUUGGGCUGGUGUGUUUGUGUGAACUCUGAUAUGGUCCUAAUAGGCUGGUGAGGUAUUUAGGGGCCAGAAUGAAAGAACAGCAGCUAAAGCUUACAGUUAACCCUGUUCUUGAAUGGCACAGACUGAAAUUUGGGCCAUGAAUACUUUAAAUUGUUAAAGUUUUGAGCACUGCAAAGAUUAGCAGUUAAUUCCUUUGUACCGAUUAGCGUUUUCUCUUCUAGAUAUAUUUUGCCCAUACAGUUCAUAUUUAAAUUGUCUGGGUGUUUUGCUAGUGAUGUUGAUUUAUCAAAUGUAUGUCUCAAGUAGAACUGCUCUAUUCAAACUACCCAUGUUUUCUCCAUCACAGUAUUGCAGUAUUGGGAACCUCCUGUCCGGAUCCAAACAUGGGGUUUGUCCAAAAUGGCAUCCUGAGUCCUAUAUAGUGCACUACUUUUGACUGGAGUCCUAUGCGUCCUUGUCAAAGUAGUACACUAUAUUGGGAGUAGGGUAAUUUGGAACGUAGCCUAGCUCUCUCUGUCCCGUCACUCUUGUAGUGCUGUGGAGGAGCGGCCUGAAGAUGUUUACAGUCACUUUCGCUCCAAAGCUAAAGUGGCUAACAAAGUGCCAGGCUGUCUGUUUUGGUUAACAGGCAUUUGCUACGGUUACAUAAGACCUCAAUGGUGUAUUUCUGACCAAUCGGGUGAGGUGAGACGGAAUCAAAGAAAACACGGUAGUGAUGAGACAUUCUGUUGGAGGUGGUCAACUGUGCCAAAGUUCCACUUCUGAUACCUACCCAUCCUAAUUCUUCCACCUGCCUCUUCUACACUUCUUCUCUCUGCUUGUCUUUCCUUCCUUCCCUUUUUUAAAAUUAAUUCUCCUCCCAUGAGCUCCACUAUGGUGUUUCAGCAUCCAGAUAGACUAGUGUUGAUAGUAGGCAUCUGGGUGAAAGUGUUAAAAGAGCCAUAUACACAACAUACAGGUAACGACUAAAAUAAAGGAAACACCAACAUAGUGUCUUAAUAGGGCGUUGGGCCGCCAGAACAGCUUCAAUGCGCCUUGGUAUAGAUUCUACAAGUGUCUGAUAAUGGGCAACUGGGCAUUUUUAUACAUGACCCUAACAUUGAUGGGAUGUUAAUUGCUUAAUUAACUCAGGAACCACACCUGCAUGGAAGCAUCUGCUUUCUAUACUUUGUAGCCCUCAUUUAGUCAAGUGUUUAUUUUAUUUUGGUAGUUACCUAUAUAUCUCUGUAUAUGUCUCUGGGUAUAGGUCAGUGUUAGGGACUGGGUUGGGGGGUUUCUCUUUUGCUAUGCCUUUUGCCCAGUAACAGAUUUUGCAUAAGAGGAUAACCGCUGUCAUUGUUUUUAUAUACACUGUAGAAGUUAUGGGCAGCCAAGCUGUCCCCCCACUUGAGGGCACUAUCAGUUACUGUAGCAGAGAGAUGCACUCUGAGUCAGUAGCUUCUUUUACUGGAUCCCGGCAUCUCACUCGCUGGAAGGGAUUCCGCUUCUUUAUAUUCUCUCUCCCUGUCAUAGUGUCUGUCUUUCAAUCUGUUCAGGGAACAGUGUGACGAGUAUUAAAGAGAUGAAUUAGAGAAAGCACCCAUCACUGAAGAUUAUCUAGGGUCAUUAUUUUCUGUGUCCCAAAUGGAACCCUAUUCCCUAUAUAAUGCACUACUGGCUCUGGUCAGAAGUAGUACACUAUAUAGAGAAUAGGGUGCCAUUUGGGACAUAACUCAGAGUUGUACAUAUUGUUAUUGCCUCUGAGAGGAGUAGGGGGCGAGGUAUGGAAGGAAGGGUAGUUUAGGGGGCGGCUGGGCAGUGUGCUGGCUACACCCGGUCGCUAGUGGUUUGGUUUACACCCCCAGCCCAAUUGGGAGGGGGCAAGGGACCCCCCUACUCUCCCCUCCUACUGCCUCUGUUGGUUGUACGAAUAUCCAAAAAUAGAUAUACAAUUUUUCUAAUGAGUAUAAUCACCAUUACAUAAUUUGUAAUGUAUAGUAUGACGUUUUUGCAGUAUUCAUAUUUGUGCCUUGAGUUAUUAUUUUUAUUUUUUCCAAACUGUUUUCACUUUGCAUUCUUGGUUGAAAGAUACAGUAAAGGUUUGGAUUGUUUUUAAACUGAAGUUAGUGUAUUUGCUUUUUUAUUUUCCAACUAGAAUGGAGCUCUGGCACAAAGUUUCCAUGACAACAGGCUGUGUAGGUUUCCAGAAGGAUUCCUACUCAAGUGUCUGUCUAUUGUAUCAAUGAUUGGCUGUAUUAAAAUUUUCCUGCUGUCCAAUCAGAGGCCUGUUCUACUCUGGCUGCUUGGACCAUGACAUGUACAAUCCUCUUGGAUCCUCAGCUCUCCGGUUCUCACUAUUCUCUGCUCUGUCUGAAACAGAGUCAUAGCUGGAGCCUGAGUGCAGACUCUUGCAUUACUACCAUCCAUCAGGAAGUGGAGGAUGACAGACAGGAAGCAGUGACUUUUGAAUCUAUGGGAAUGAAGUGUCAAAUCUGGUAUACAAAUAAUAUAUUUGCUCGUUCAAUGUCAGGCAUAUUCAUUUGACUUUAUGGGUUUGUACUAGAUUGUUCGGAAGAUGCAUUUAUAGAAAUAUGAACUGUAGACACUGUCGAUUUGGCCCCAAAAAACUAGCUUAAUUCGAUGUAGCGCCUACUAAUGCGCCUCUUGUGUCUAGUUUAGCAAUUUCAUUUUGCUAGAGUUCCUGCCCCCCCCCCUGACAACGCAGACAACGUUCUACAUGGUGAAGCUGAACGGUUAGCCAUCUUGUCAAUCUUCCAAAAUCUUUGGUAUAACAGCCAGUAAAAGACUAGAGUUGAACUGUUGGACUUUGUAAAGUUUUGUUUUUUUUGUCAACAAAAUAUUAAUAAAACACAUUCAUUGCCAUGUUCUGGGAAACACCUCUGAAA